AAGUCUCUAACUCGACAGGUAAAAGCAAGGUGAGUGAAGAGUAGAAAACCCGAAACCAUUUACUAUCAUGACUGGGAGCAGUCUCACCUGACUUCCUGCUAACUACUUGUUACUGGGUGUUGUAGGCUAUUUGAAAACAGAAAAUUAACGCAGGACGAGCUCAGCUUUGCCGGCCAUCAGCGCGAUGUUGAAUCCUAUAAGUAGCGGGCGCAAAGCGCUGGGAAAGCUUGCAACGCGCCUGGAAGAGGUGAAGAACCUAUGGCGGCCCACUUCCACGUUAGAGCUGAGCCAUAAUGAAGCAGCACGUCUCGCCACGGACGCGCUUCUCGAGUCCGGAGAGAAAGAAUACCGGCGGGUUUUAACUGAGGAAAAAGAGCUCAACUUUCUCUCUACACUAGAAAUUCGCUAUAUUACUGAACAUCAGGCUAAGACCGGGAAACCCGAGAACGGCUCUAAUGGAGUGGGAGACUUUGGAGAAGGAGACACAGUUUCAGAGCUCACUUCAGGAACUUAUUUCCCCAUGAUGUCAGAUGAAGAGCCGCCUAUGCUGGAGCUCGGCUGGCCCGAGGUGUCCAACCGCCACGGGCCCUGCGAGACCCAGAUCUACUUCCAAAGAGACAAGUCGAAAAAUGUCAAAGAUUUGGUUCGAUCCCUAAUCAGUAAGGCCAAGAAGGUCAUUGCCUUGGUCAUGGACAUUUUCACCGAUGUGGACUUAUUUUGUGACUUGCUUGAGGCCUCCCUCAAACGCAAAGUUCCUGUGUAUAUUCUGCUUGAUGAGAAGAAUCUCAGUUAUUUCAUUGACCUGUGCAAUACACUAGAUAUCCAGCACUCGCACUUAAAUAAUAUGCGGAUACGAAGUGUGUGUGGAGACACAUAUUGCACCAAAAGUGGGAAGAAAUUUACAGGACAGGUGCAGGAAAAGUUCAUGAUCAUUGAUUGCGAGGAAGUAAUAGCUGGAUCAUACAGUUUUACUUGGCUGGCUGCUCAGGUGCACAGCAACAUGGUUUUGCACUUUUCAGGACGCAUUGCUGAAAGCUUUGAUCGGGAAUUCCGUUGCCUCUAUGCGGACUCGCAAAUCAUUGAGCACUUCUAUAACCCUGAUGAGGAAGGUGUUACCCACUACAGUUAUGGCAUGUUGGUACACAACAUGGACAUUUUCCAAGAUAGAGGAACUAGAGAGAGGGAGAGGGUUUGCUCAGAAAACUCCAGUAGCCAGUCCAGCAACAGUGUCUCCAGCAUUAAAGCAGCUCCAUGCAUAACCCCUCAAGUCUACAAGGUCACCCAGGAAAAGAAGGAUGCUGGCACAAACAAGAGUUUAGAGAAGCGGGGUGUUUCAAAUUCAGGAGUUCAGAUGCCUCAAGGAAGUCACACUGGCAGAGGAUCUCACAAUGAUUCCCUGCAGAAUCCAGUAAUGGAAUGUUCAACAUCUGGAAUGGAAUGGGCCAAAGCAGGAGUCUUCCAAACCAACCUUUCAGGACCAACAUCCAAAUUUCAAGCCCUGGAUCUCUAUGACCACAAGAAUGCCUUGCCCAGUGCAGCCAAAGCACAACCACAUCCUCUAAUGGAGAACAAAAUGCCCAAAGUACGCAGUCCUACUAGUCCUUUUUUAAACAAAUUUACUGACCUCUUCUCCUUGUCAGCCAAAGACAAGGACCCCUAUGUGUUACAUAGGCCACCUCCAUAUAGUACAGCUUUUGGGGGUCCAGAUCUCUCACAAAAUGAGCCUGAAAGUAGUCAAAGUCCUCCUCCACCAGCGCCUUUGCCCAAAGAACGGGUAGGUCAGGAUGGCAGAAUCAUCCGUGGGGAUGAGAAGCGCAUGACAUUGGGACACAGCAAGCUAGACCUCGUCAACCAUUAUAACCAAAUGAAAUCGAAGCAGGUGUACAGCCGAUUUGAACUGAAGAACAAUUGACCUCUUCACACCUGAUUAUUUAGCUCAUGUAGGUUUAAGCCAUAAUUCAUCUGCAGGCUUAAAGUCUAGUAGAAUGUGGUAUUGUCUGCUUCAUUUGUUACACAACAGAAGGCAAGAAAGCAUUUUUUGGAAGGCUGUGACCUUUUUUUUUUUUUUAUAACCAGGUUUGAUUAACAGUUUAAUACUUUGAUAAUUAACUGCUGUGUAUAAGAGAGCAUUACGUAAUUGGUGCAUUUGACAUUCAGGGUGUUUCAACAAGACCACCAGUAAUUUUCAUGGCAAACAAGAUGGUAGAAAGAUGGUAUUACUCUCUUAAGUGGCAUGGUUCUUUCCUUUACUUGAAAUAUUCCAUUUCCAAGUUUGUUGUCUUCCAGCUGUUCGUGUAUUUAUACUGUGACUUUCAACUUUUAAGAAAUUGUACUCAAACAUCAAAACAUGGCAUGAUAGGUCUAUACUGCAGUAUAGAUGUGUGUGUGUGUGUGUGUGUGUGUGUGUGUGUGUGUGUGUGUGUGUGUGUGUGUGUGUGUGUGAGUGAGAUGGAGCUACUUCAGCAAAAGGUGGGUUUUUUUCAAAACCUUUUUUUUUGUACUAAUUUUUACAAGAGGUGGAAAUAAUCAUGGAGGUAGGUGUAAAAACACGAACCUAGUCACUUCACUAUGUUUCACUGUGAUUAAGACUUUAAGUGCAUUGUAACAUACAUGACAGUUUCAUAAGAGUUCAAAACCCAAUUUAAUCAAAAUGCUGAUAGUGUGCCUACACUGGAAAUGAGUCAGCAGGAAGAUGUAAAUUUGCAUUGUUUUGUUUGAUCUUGAUCACAGACAAGGCAUUGCUUCUAAAUCUUGGUUUUAACAAACUGUUGGGACUGGCAGUCACAAAAAUGCAAUUCUCAUACAUAGUAAUGCAGACUUAAUUACAGAAAGGUACAAAACCAUUUUAUUAUGCUUGGCAUCUAUUUGUGUACUGGGUGGCGUAUUAUGUACAGUAUGAAAUUGUCCUUUUCCUGUCCAGUUUCAAAACAUUGUCACCUGUCUCUCUCUCUUUUCUUUUUUUCAGUGCUAAUUAUUUACUGUAUUUUGAUUUGAAUUUUGUGAGCACAGUGAGAGUGCAAGUAAUGUACAAAAAUACAAAAGCAUUUGCCAUCUUUUAUUGUCUACUUCUAUUACUACUGUAUUCUGGGAAAAUUAAAAAAUAUUGUAAAUAAUCAGAAUUUUAUGCAUGAUGUGGAAAUAAAUAUUUGAAAGGUAGUUAGCAAAACGAAAA